UGCGGGCAGAUUAGGUAAAAGUCGCGAAAAAAUACUGUUUUGUUUGGUCGGCGGCAGUGAAAAUUCGUCUUAUUUUGCGUAAUUUGGCCUCCAAUUGCGUUCUGCCGAACGAAAUCCGGUCCGAAAAGCUGCUACAAUGUCCGACAUCGAUGAUGAUUUUAUGUGCGAAGACGAGGAGGACUAUGGUUUGGAAUAUUCCGAGGAUAGCAAUUCGGAACCCGAUGUGGAUUUGGAAAAUCAGUACUACAACAGUAAGGCACUCAAGGAAGAGGCUCCGCUGGAAGCGUUGAAGUCUUUUCAGAAAGUGCUAGAUCUGGAAAAUGGAGAAAAAGGAGAAUGGGGAUUUAAAGCUUUGAAGCAAAUGAUUAAAAUUAAUUUUAAAUUGCAAAAUUAUCCGGAAAUGAUGACUCGGUAUAAGCAAUUGUUGACGUACAUCAAAAGCGCAGUUACUAGAAAUCACUCGGAAAAAUCUAUCAAUUCUAUUCUAGAUUAUAUUUCAACUUCAAAAAAUAUGGAACUGCUUCAAAACUUCUAUGAAACUACCCUGGAAGCCUUAAAAGACGCGAAGAACGAUCGAUUGUGGUUUAAGACAAAUACCAAACUGGGCAAACUGUACUUUGAUCGUAAUGACUUUGGUAAGCUUCAGAAAAUUCUGAAGCAAUUGCAUCAGUCUUGUCAGACAGAUGAUGGCGAGGACGAUCUAAAGAAAGGCACUCAGCUGCUGGAAAUCUACGCUCUUGAGAUCCAGAUGUACACUGUUCAGAAGAACAAUAAAAAACUAAAAGCCCUCUACGAGCAAUCGCUGCACAUAAAAUCCGCGAUUCCCCAUCCCCUUAUAAUGGGCGUUAUUCGAGAGUGCGGCGGUAAAAUGCACCUCCGUGAGGGCGAAUUCGAAAAGGCACACACGGAUUUCUUUGAAGCGUUCAAAAACUACGACGAGUCAGGAUCAUCGCGUCGCACAACCUGCCUAAAGUAUCUGGUGCUAGCUAACAUGCUGAUGAAGUCCGGCAUUAAUCCUUUCGACUCCCAGGAAGCGAAACCGUACAAAAACGAUCCGGAAAUUCUGGCUAUGACCAAUCUGGUAGUUAGUUAUCAAAACAAUGACAUCAUGGAGUUUGAGUCGAUCCUGCGUAACAAUCGUAACAACAUUAUGGCCGAUCCGUUUAUUCGGGAACACAUCGAGGACCUGCUGCGAAACAUUCGGACUCAGGUUUUGAUCAAGCUGAUUCGUCCGUACACGAAAAUUACGAUUCCCUUUAUCUCCAACGAACUGAACAUCGAGCCGGUGGAGGUGGAAAGUUUGCUGGUUUCCUGUAUUCUGGAUAAUACAAUUCAGGGCCGCAUCGAUCAGGUGAAUCAGGUGCUGGAACUGAACAAGGAAGCACGCUGUGGAGCCCGUGACAGCGCUAUCGAGAAGUGGUCCAACCAGAUCAACUCGGUUCAAACGGCCAUCAUCAACAAGAUGGCUUAAGGUAAGUUAGGUCGUUUGCAAGUUGCCAGAAACCGUUCGGCAAAUACCAUCGACAAGCUGAGCAACGUUUCGGCUUUGCACAGCCACAACCAGAAGCGUACAAGACUGUCUUUCUUUGUAGCUGGUCUAUGUGAGUGCAUACCCUCAAGAAAUACGAUUUUUCGAAGCUUAGUGUUAGAAAAAUACAGGCAAAUCGUUCGUUAUUAUCUAUUAUGUGUAAAUGCAA